AUGAAUGAAGUUGAUAUAACAUCAUCGAGUAGCCUCACGUUUAGAGACACAGUUGGUACCCAUACUCUUCAACGAAUUGCGUCUGCCCUGUUAAAUUACUCUCAAUCUAGGGUUGCCAUGGGAAUUUUAAUUUUUAUUCACUCAUUCUUUCCACCAUUUCAAUUACUUGCCUCAUCAUUCGUUUUACCAUACUUCAACAAGACAGAUGAAUCAACUCAUUCAAUAGGUUUACGUAAAUUCUUUUGCUUUUUUAUUAGAAUUGUUGAUUACGACUCUACAACUGGAUUGCUUUUACUUUGCGAACGAAUUAUUUUCUUUGUAACAGUUAUAGUUUUCAUCGGUACGCUUUCAAUAUACUUUGCGCUUUUUUAUUUCAAAAAAAGAUUAUUUAACAUUUCAAAUGCAGCGUUUGUUUUACUCCAUUUCGCAAGCAGACUAUUCCUUCCGUGGACAGCAUCGUUUCUAGCCGUAUCAUUCUACAAUUUGCUCGAAAAUGGAGAUUAUACAUCGUUUAUUUACUGUUUAGUCUCGUCUUUACUAAAUAUAAUCAUCUGUAUAUACGGUAAUUGCGUAUUGUCAUGCGCUCCAUCGUUUUAUCCUUGCAUUGGUGCAAAAUGGGUCGAAAAUAGUGUUGGUGAUUACAUUACUUACAUUAUCUUCAUUUUGAUUGAAGUAGCACAUGAUGUGAAGACAAACAAAACGUUAAACAUCGUUGUAGCGUCUGUUGUUUUCGUUUUAUUCGGAAUUAUAUUUUAUUCUUACGUUCGAGCUUUAACUUUUACAUACGUGCAGGUCAAUGCACUUAUUUGGGCAGUAUCAUUCAUCACAUUGAUCGGCUACUGUUGGGAUAUCGUUUAUCUCGCAGGAUUUGAUAAUUAUUUGUCUGCCUUUCAAAUUACGACAAUUUUAUUCUAUCCAACAUACAAGAUAUGCUAUGUUAUUGCUCUCCACAUGAACAACAAGAUAUUAGUAUCAGUUCUUGAAGCAGAAGAACAAGGAUUUGCUUUUCUUGACAUAAACAAUCCAGUUAAAUGGGUAAACUACUCCUGUAUAGGCUAUGAAAUACUAAACUACAAUCUGGCGAUGAUUAAAUUCGGAAUGGAGAAGUUUCCUGACGAUAUCUUGACUUGUUUAACAUAUAUCAAGCUGGCAAUGCUUCUCCCAACACUGCAACCUUCAGCAAUGAGCUAUGGUAUAGGAGAACUCGAGAGAAGAGCAAAAGGAUCCUCAAUUGACAUAAUUGUCCUCUCAACUUACAAAAUGGAGAUUGCUAAACGCGAUGACGGUUCAACAGAUACAAAGUCUCGUUACAUUGAUGUAACAAAAGCCUUUGUUUCUUCGUUUUUGUCAUAUUCAGUUCAAUUUUGGAAGGAAAUCAACGCUUCCAGGUCGAAUAGAGCAGUUUCUCUGGCUAUGGAGACACACGAAAGAUACAAAGCAGCGGUAAAUAUGAUAAAAGAACUCAAAAUUUCGGGUUCAUAUGUUCAAUUACUUCGAGAUAACCUUCCUUUACCUUUCUUCGGCACUCCUUUUGAUACAGAAGACGAGAUACUGAUGGACGCAAGGAAAAUGUUCCAUAUUCAGAAUGAUAUAACAAAAUACAACGAAGAAAACGAACUCCAGAAGCAGCCAUACUAUUUAACAGGCAAAACAAUACAUGAAACAUACGCCAGGAAGUUCCUCAUUCUUCAGAAACUCUCUCUUUUGCUUCCUUACGUUUUUACCUUUUUAAUAAUCAUAUUUACGUUCGUUGUAGUCCAUAACUUCCAAAUAUACCCGACAUCGGCCAUGAAUAUCAUUGAUAAGUUCACUGACGUAAGUAAUAAUUUGACUUCUAUUUUAUAUGCGUCAACUGUAGGUUAUUUCAUACAGAAAGAUAGAUUAGACCCACAGAUGUUCUUGAAUGAUUACACAAAGAAGAUCUACACAUCGGGAUUGCAGAAUUUUACUUAUGAUAUUGAUUCAAUAACUUUAAAGAUCGCAGAUCAAAUAGAUCCAUUGUUUUCCAUGUAUGAUUCAUUCAAGUACCUCAAUUUAACACAGUAUUUGGAAGCAAAAGGCAUAAUUCAUUACAAAUUUGCUGAUAAUCACAUUCGGAACUUUACUUUCUUCCCAGCUCUCUUGAACUGCCUCGUAUUCACUUCCUAUCUCCAUAACAUCACAUUAACUCCGUUUGCGAACAAUUUUGAUAACAAUGCAGUUGUUAUCGACAGAAUUAUGGAUUUUGUAUCGAAAUCAUCAAAUCCAAUGCAGCAGAGCAUGAAAGAUACAGUUAAUAACAAGAUUAACAAGCUGAUGAUCUCUGCUUAUGUUAUUUUAGUUGUUAUUUUACUUAUUAAUAUUAUUUUCAUACAAUAUCUUAAUAAUUCAUAUAACAAAUAUUUCCAUAUGCUAAUGAUGAUCCCUAAAAACAGAAUUUCAAUGAUGAUUGAGAAGAUUGAACAUAUUAUGCAUAAAUCUUCCAGGAUUUCAUCAAAAAUUGAGAGCACAAAGGCUUUCUACUUGAAGCAGAUGAUGUGUCAGACUCCUCCACGUCAAUUUGCUACUUCUACAGAGAGAUCUUUGAUGAUGACAACGCAUUGCAUCAUCGUUGAAGCGAUUUCCAUAAUGGUUUUCAUAUUAUUCCUAUCAAACAUCAAGAAAAAGCAGAAUAAAGUGUAUCUUGGCAUUGAAGAACUUUCAUUUGUUUCAAAUCUGACUUCUUUGAUCACUUUGACAGGAAGUUUAGUAGCUCUGAAGGUUGGAAAUGACACAAACUCUGCAGUUAACCCAGAUACUUACCUCAAUCGCGUUUUUAAUGAACUUCUCGAGAUAAAAUCUUACAUGUUUAUGGACAAUAUCUCGAAAUACUACUCCAUGCAGUCCAUGUUCAAGGAAGUCGACAACAAUUACCACUCAUUGGCCGGAGCAAUUAAUGGUUUGUGCUUGAACAUGCAGAUCUUCAUGAAUACGGAGAAUAAAACGUAUACAUUCGAUGAUCCCAUCGUAAAAGAGAUCUUUGUUGCCCUGAAUUCCGCAUGGAAUAUGAUAGUUCCGAAUUUAUAUGAUGGAAUUAUCAAAGGAUCCGAUGAAGAGAUCGACCAACAGUGGGUUGAUAUGAAUACAAUGACAUUGUACGUAAUAUUGGCCUUCGCAAUCAUGAUUUACUUCAUGUUUUCAAUUUUGACAAGUAAAUUCUUGAUUGACGACUUCGUACAGAUCAUUUCUCUUACAGCAGCCUAUCUUUUAGAUGGUACUGAUACUCCUCUUGACGAUUCAAAGACACACAAAGCCAAAAAAUUUGAUUUAAUCAGAGAAUUGAAGGAAGAAGCCUUUUCAGGCGUUAUCGAUCCAACAUUCCUUAUAGACUCAAACAAUGUCAUCAGAUAUGCUUCUCCUUCGGUCUACGAUACAUUUCUCUCCCGACCAACUAAUGGCGUCACAAAAAUUGACAAAUUUCUUUCUCAUUCCGGCGUCAACAUCGAGGCGACACUUCCUCCUACAGAGCAGUUCAUUGUCAAUGCAGAAAGGAAGACGCCAGACGGCUCAGUUUUCCUUUUCAAGCUGAUUUUCAGGCCGAUUUCGGAUCUGAUUUUGAACGACGUGAAAAUCGACUACGCACUGAUAAUUGUAGACAAAACAAUAAAGAAAGGAAUUACCAGGAGAAUGGUGAGAGAAAAUGCGAUCUUGGACAGAACGAUUUCCUCUUUUGUUCCAACAGGAUUCACACACAAAAUUGCUCCAUUUUUAGGUGUCGCGUACAUCACGUUUUCUGACGAAGCUGUUGAUGAACACGCUGUAGAAGUCACGACGAAGAUCAUGGAGUUCGCUGCUGAAGGACCUGACCUGCAGCCAAUCUUCCGCAGCUUGCAGUCAUUCAGAAUUGUUUCUGGAGCGUUGACAGACAAAAACGCAACACAAGCAGUGAAUGACUUGAUUCUGUUCGCGUUGAAGAUUAAGGAAUGGGCAACUCCUUUGAAUUACAAGUACAAGAUAACAAUAUCUGUGUACGAAAACGCGUUGGUUGAGAGCGACAUGACAAUUGCACCUCAUUUCGAUUUCUUGACUCCGAGAAUUACUCAGGAUAUAGAAGUCUCUAUUUAUGAUCAGCCAACAAUACUGUUGACAAGACCGGCGUUCGACGCUGUCUAUGAUUUGGGUUAUGAACUAGUUUUGUCCACAAAAACUGUUAGAUUUGGACAAAGAAUUGAAGUAUAUUCUAUUGUUUAA